AUGGUCGCCAAGCAGCGCAUGAGGAUACAGAAUGAGAAGGCUGGCAAGAACAUCACGCUGAGGGGGAACGUACCCAAAACUUCGAAAGCUGUUGAGGACAAAUACCCAGUUGGACCUUGGCUUCUGGCUCUCUUCAUCUUCGUUGUAUGUGGAUCAGCUAUCUUCCAAAUCAUCCAGAGCAUCCGCAUGACGUAAUGGACCAUAUUGAAAAGCGGAGUCAUUCCAUCUCCAAAACAAGUGUGUUCUAUGUAUUUAUUCGGCCAAACUGGACCACAUCUUAUCCCGGUGGCUGAGAUAUAUGGGUUUUAUUAAUGAUAUGGCGGGGCGGGGUAUGGCUCUCGGUUCCUGCUGGCGUGUAUUUUUUUAUACCGAGGAUGCACACAUAAAAUGAAGCACGCCGAUGCCGGGCUGCUGCUGCGCCGUGUGGCGGGUCGUUUGCCGUCUCGUUGCCGACCGCGCUUCCCGUGUGUGCCGCACAAAUCGCUGCGUCGCCUUUGGCCGCCACAGUCGGCUGGUGCGGCGGCGCGCCGCCGCCGUCCGCUCUCUCCGGGUGCUGCGUCGGCCGAGCCGCGCGCGGCCGGGCCGGUGUCGCCGCCGCCGUUACUCUACUGUCUGCUCUCUCCGGGUGCUGCGACGGCCGUGCCGUCCGGGCAGGGCUGGUAGCGUUUGCCGGCGGCCACGGCGCCACGUCCAAUCGGAAAUAUACCACUGUUGAUAUAGAG